CAAUGGACCACCUGCAAUCGUUUAUUGCAGACUGUGACAGGAGAACAGAAGUGGCUAAGAAAAGACUAGCAGAAACCCAAGAAGAGAUCAGUGCCGAAGUUGCAGCUAAAGCUGAAAGAGUUCAUGAAUUGAACGAAGAAAUUGGGAAACUGCUGGCCAAAGUAGAACAGCUUGGAGCUGAUGGGAAUGUGGAAGAAUCUCAAAAAGUAAUGGAUGAAGUGGAGAAGGCUCGGGUAAAGAAGAGAGAAGCAGAAGAAGUAUACAGGAAUUCUAUGCCUGCCUCCAGCUUUCAGCAGCAGAAGCUACGCGUUUGUGAAGUGUGCUCAGCUUAUCUUGGUCUUCAUGACAAUGACCGACGACUUGCUGACCACUUUGGAGGAAAACUACAUUUAGGAUUUAUUGAAAUAAGAGAGAAGCUUGAGGAACUCAGGAGGAUUGUGGCUGAUAAACAGGAGAAACGAAAUCAGGAACGUCUGAAACGUAGAGAGGAGAGGGAAAAACUAAGGAGAUCCAGAUCCCACAGCAAGCAUACCAAAAGAUCUAGGUCCCGAGAUCGCCGCAGACAUCGGUCUCGCUCAGCCUCCCGGGAACGAAAGAGAAGAACUCGCUCCAAAUCCCGUGAGAAACGCCAUCGUCACAGGUCUCGCUCUAACAGCCGCAGCCGGAGUCGCAGCCAUCAUAGAAGCAGGCAUAGUUCCAGGGAGAGAAGCCGAGAACGCAGCUCCAAAAAGAGAUCCUCAAAAGAAAGAUCUUCCAGAGACAAAGAACGUUCAAGAGAUCGUGAUAGAACAUCACGUGAUAAAGAUAGAAGCUCAAGAGAGAGGUCACCGCGAGAUUUCAAAGACAAGAAACGUUCUUAUGAAAGUGCUAAUGGCCGAUCGAGAGCGUGAAGCAGGGGAGAUAUAACUGGCUGUAUAUUCACCUGAUCUCUAGCUUCCUAUGGAGUUGCAUACUAUGGUUUAGUUUACAGUUGUUCAAAGGGACACCAGUGAGCAGUUCCAGACACUGAUCCAACUAGGGUAGAUGUACAGUAUAUAAAAGUGGUUAUAACCAAGUCAGAAUUAAACCCCAUCAAUUAAUGAUGCCUAAAGCUGGGUCCUGGACUUCCACCAAGUUGUAAAACUUUUCUGAAAGAUUUCUCUUUAUUCAGGACAACAGUUUUAUGUACCAAGAUGCAGAUCUCAAUGUUUUUAAUCUCCUUUCCAAUACAAGUUAGUGAACAAAUUAUAUUGUACUACUUGCCUUGGGUGCUUUUGAACCUUUAUAAGUUCUCCAAUUCUGCUCCAGUCAAAACAGCGGCAUUGAAAGGUUGUAUUUGGGGGGAUUUUUUUGUUUGCUUUUUUUGUAAGAGGGUGGGUGGAUGGAUAUUAACUUUUACUCUAAGGUUAUGUUCCCAGUGAUUUUUUUUGUUUGGGAACCUAGGAGUUGAUUACAGUGGGAGCGUUUAGACAGGAAUGUGUGCUGGAGAAAGCGGAAAUGUCUUUUUACAGUGCCUAUUUAGACUUGGAAAUUGAACAGCUGUUGCAUUACAUCUUUUUUUAUUUCUACUUAAAUUUUGAAAUCAAAGCCAGUCCCAUAUCUGUACCAUUUGAUUGGUAUGUGUUCAAUAUAUUUGUUUUUUUCCA